AUGGCGAGUUCUUUCAGUGUCAUCACUUUCAGUAUUCUUGUAGCUCUCCUUCAGUCACAUUUCCUGAUCGUAUCUCCCUGCAUGUCUUGCAUCAGUCCAUGGACAAGUUUUGGGAAUCAUUGCUACCUUCUUGUGACGGAUGAGAAGACCUUUGAUGAAGCUGAACAGAACUGUCAGAGUUUGUCACGCCUUGGCAGACCAUCUCAUCUGGCGUCCAUUAUGAGCCAAGAGGAUUCCGACUUCCUCCUCCUGCUUAUAAAAUCCGUUUACGGAGAAAGCGGCAUGGCAACUUGGUUCGGCUUCCGCAAGGAUACAUCGAGUGGCUCUCCAACUUGGCGCUUUAUUGACGACAGUUCUUCACAGGGCUACACCAACUGGCAUACGGGACAACCCAGCGGCGAUGGACCCUGCGCUGAGAUACAUGGAUCGGGUGGUACCAUCUUGUGGAAUGACCUGCCAUGUAAUUCCCUCAGGCGUUCUGUUUGUAAAAUAACAGCCAGGUUCUGA